CCGUGAACCAUGUCGCUCGGUCCUACCCUGCACGGCAUCGAUGCACUGUGUCGCGGUCGAACUCCAAGACCUACACGCGUACAGUCAUAGAUCUACCCCCUGGUUCGGUGCUUUUCCACUGAGCCGCCACUUUCCGCGAUCGGAAUGCGGGGCGCGGGGGCCACCAAAGGAGGCACAUCGAGCACGGGUGCAGUCGUUGAAUUUGGCCCCGAUGGUGGGCGUAGAGAGGGCGACGAGCGAGUCUAUGCCAGGCUGGUAGCUCGAGACCUGCCACGGGUGACGUCGAGGAACGUCCGUGACGAGGUCGAUCGUGUCUGCGCCUGCGGGCAUGAGUGACGUCACC